GUUCAGUUUGCCUGGUUUUUCCGCUCCGCAAGCCGGUAUCGAAUUGUGUGAACAAGGAUAAUCCCAACCGACUGGCAGGAUAAUGCUUUAGUUUCGCUCCAGUGCCUGUGAAGUUGUUAACCCAAAGUAUCUCAGUGCUACAAAACAAAAGCAAAAUUAAACAAAAACAAAAAGCGAAACCAAAUUAAUAUUCGGUACAUUUUAUUCGCUUAUUCGGAGACUCAAAAGCAUGUGGCCACCCAGCUCCUGUCUGUGGUUGGCUCUCGUCCUCCUGGUGGGCGUGGCCCUGGGCCAGAGCGGCAGUCGAGAGCACUUCGAGGAUGCGGACAAGUCCAGCGAGUACACUGAUCAGCAGUACGACCUACGGCACACGAUUCCCGGAGAACCGGGCCUAGACUAUCCCAUUCUAAGUUCGCCGCCAAAGACCAGCUUUGUGUGCAAAGGAAGACAUGAAGGUUACUACGCGGAUGUAGAAAGUCGCUGCCAAGCCUUCCGCAUUUGUGCCCAUACCGCCCGAUCACCCCAAGGAUUCGGUUUCCUCUGCCCCAACGGAACGCUCUUCAGCCAGAAGAACUUUGUGUGCGAUUGGUACCGCAAUGUGAACUGCGAUGAUUCUGAGAGGUAUUAUGAAAUGAACGAGGAGAAAACCGUGGGCAGCACCCACGAAAUGAUGGAGCGAGUGCGUCACAUGAUGGAGUACCCCAUGAAAACCAUAUCGAAGGCCUUGCAACAAACACAAUCCCAGUCGCAGAAUCCACACCACAGUCUUAGCAAAGAUCUGAGUGGAGCUAGUGGUGUUUUGAGUCAACCUGCGGCCAUUAAGCCCAAUGAUCCUGAAACCCAAGUUGUUGGACGCGGAGAGGAUGUUAAAAGUGAGCCACUUAAUGCAGUGCAACUAGGAAGCAUAAACCCCGAGGACAGCGAAGAUGAGGGUAUUUAUGUGAACAGUUUGGGAGAACUUUCAUCAGAUCCAGGCAUUCAGUUUGAUCACACCAAUGCCCAUAUCGUGGCCGAAUAUCCGAGGGAGUACCACUACCAGAAGCAGAAGAACUUCGCCGAGCGUGUUAACGCGGGCUUGGAUAUCUUAACCGACUCGGAAUCGAACUCUGGCGAGGCUAUGGCACCCGAUUACAUUAAGCAUAUACGAAAUACUAAGGACGAGGCCGUGCAACUAGAUCUGGUAUCGAAUAUAAACAAUUUGCUGGAUGAAGUAUCCACCGAUGUGGAUCCCUCCGUUUCCGGCUAUCAAUCUAUGGCGCCGCCGAAAGUUAAGCAACCAUUCCGAUUCCUAAGUCGUGGAUUCUCCAUGCAGGGUGAAAACGGAAAGGGCAGCUCAUCUUCCGGCUAUGGCUACAUAAAACCCAAACAAACGCCCAGCACUGUCAGAUUUACGCCCAAUGAGAUACCCACCGAAGAUCACAAAUCCAUUGAGCAUAAACACAAGUUUCCCAAAUCAACAAGUACCAGCAGCACCACUUCGACAACCACUGAGUCAGCCACUGAAUCAAUAGAACAUCUGCUGAUAGCACCAACUUGGCCACCCGCUGAGGAUGAGGAAGUUAGCACGCUAGUGGCAUCUGAGGUCACCUCAACCCCAGCCGCGGAACCACUCAAGAUUUUGGCACCACCACUGUCAGAAGUUGUGACUGCCGGGGAUGAGUCGGCCAUCGAAUCCAUUGGACAGGCAGCUGCUCUCACUGCCAGUCUGCCCAUAAGUGAGGAUAUAGUCCGAGUGGAGCAGAGUUCCGAAGCCUCUGAGAAGAAUGAUGCGCAUCAAGAGGCUGCUAAACUGCUGCUGGCAGGUGUGCAACUGACCUCCCACAAUGAUGAACAACCGUUGGAAAGGAACGAACUAGUGGUCACCAGUACGACAACCACUAGCCCCAUCACACCGGUCAUGGUCACAUCCACCGAAGUGGUGACUGAGAUCAGUAGCACACAGGAACGGAUUCGUGGCUACCGUAGGAAUCGACCAGGAGCAAUGUUGAAGCGUGCCCACAUUCGCCCCUUGCCCACAGUGCGAACAACCACCACAUCUACCACGCCAAGGAGUACACUACCCACUAGAAGUUACCUGGAACGCCUGGCUGCCAGUAGAUUGCGACUUUCUAGACUAUCCCAAGCCACCAAAAGCACCAUAAAGGCAACAACGACCUUGCCAAGCACCACAACUACCCCGGCCACAACCACUACAGUGUCCUCAUUCCAACAAAUUCGCGGUGGAGCAGAACCAGGUCCAAAUAAGCGGCUAACAGUACGCGAUCUUGAUCGCGAGACAAAGGUAGCGCCAAGCAAGGCCAACUGGGAAACCGUCCACAGCAACCUGCAACGCUUCCAGGUGCAACGCGGCAAUCGAGUGUACACGCCAGCAACACGAUCCUCAGUCCGCAGCAGCAAUGAGGCAACCACCAGCAGCACCACCAGUGCUCCUAGAUCCUAUAUUGCCACCACAUCCUCGCGAUCCACCGUUAAUGUUAAUCGUGGAAAGAAUCGCUACUCCAACUUCAAGACCCAGGGGCCCGUGCAAAGAACUCGGGGUACCACCACCACGAGCACCACACAGCGACCCACAUCCUCGCUCUCCUCGCUGAACCAACAUAUCUCCGCCCUGGCAUCGAACUAUAAUGGUGGCUAUAGCUACAACCAGGCAACGCAAAUCAGUAAACCCAUACCACAAUCACCAUCACAUGUCUAUGCCACACACACGGCCAGCGAUAUUGCUGGGCACGCCACUCAAUCCCAAACCACAUCCAGUCUUACGCCCGCCUCCGCUUUCCUAUCCUUUGAUAAGUUAACCCGUGCCAUUGUUGACGAAUCCGUUUUACAGAAUUUUAAGAGUGCCCAGUCGCAGGGUUCCAAUCAAGCGCAGCAACACCAGCGCCAGCAGCAGCAGCAUCAAGUGGCCAAGCAGCAACAUCACUCGGUUAGCAGCAGCUAUGUGAAGCCAGCAGCUGCGCCAGCUAUUUCCAGUCUGACUGUACCACCACGGCCCCAGCAAACAUCACAGUCAUCUGUGCUGCCUCCGCCGCCCGGAAUUGUGAUUGCUCGAGCUGAGGGCCAGCGUAUUGCUCCCAACUCCGCUAGCAACAUAAUUUCCAGCUUGGCCACUCAAGCACCAGUGACCAGCAACCAGGGCAACUCCUAUGUCUCCCUCAACGAUUUCCUUAACAACAAAUUUGGCCAGAGUCCUGCAUCCAGUAGUAAUGUUCAUUCGGCUUCCACUUUGCAGCAGCAACAACGUGUGCCGCAACAACAGCCACAAUAUCAGCAGCAAGCGACUCUGUCCUUGCAGCAGCAUCAAGUGCAGCAACAGCAACGGCAACCUGUGCUGCAGCAGCAACAUCAGUCCGUGCAACAGCAACAUCAGUCCGUGCAGCAGCAACGCCAGCCUGUGCAGCAGCAAUUGAGCUUUAUCUCGCAGCAAUACCAACAGCCGCAGCAGCAGAGUAUCUACCAGCAAUAUAAGCAGCCACAACAGCAACAGCAGCACUUCCAGCAGCAGCAACAGCGGACCACGAUCCACACCAAUCAGCAACCAUAUCUUACGCCCAAUAUCUUUGUGCCCUACCAUCAGCAGCAGCAACAGUUGCCCCAGUUCCCGCCGUUGGCUCCACCCGUGGCGGUUUCCACGGGAAAUAUUGCCCAGGGACCGGUGAUAGCCGGACGCCAUGUGGACCACCUGAAUGUGCAACUGCCCACGCUGCCCAAUGGCUUGAUACCCGGCUUGCAGUUGGCCCAAAAGCGCAGCGAUGUUUCGUCCAGUCAGCUGCAGCUGACGGAUACCAAGGGCAAGAGCAGCUUCUCCGGAUCGGGCAAAAGUCGGGAACGGGCCUUCUAUGCCGGACGUACAUCCUACGAUGUUCCCCAGAGCAGCGUGGGUCGACUGCCCAACGAUAUCACACAGCAACUGCGACGCCGGUUGCGGCGCUUCUGAACGAGAUUUUGAGAUGAACGAGCUAGGACUAGAACCUUAACUUAUAGCUAAAUUAGUAAACUAUUUAUGCCUAAGCUAAGACUACGAAUGUACCAUAUAUAUUUCACUUGUUUAAAAAUCAUACUCUACUCGUAUGUAUGUGUGUGUAUAUUUUUGCAUAUUUAUUGAU